CUCCUCGCAAAGUAGGCUGGAAAUGCGGCACAUUCAUCCAUGCAGCCGCGGACGCAGCUCCAGCCAAACACGUGGAUUUGGGAAACAAAAACACGGAGAAACCCGUUUUCCGGUUGUUUUCUUCUCCGCCUUAACGCUGAUUUCUUUGCGAGGAGAUUCUCCAGGAUGCGAUGGGAGGCGAAGUCAGUAAAAACAAGAAGAAAAAGUGUCCUCCAACUCAACGUCGCUUCAGUCAGGGGAUCCUAUCAAACGUCCGUGUGUCCAUCGCUCAAAGACUCGGACAUUCUGCUGUAUUUUCUCAGCCUGGAGAAGUGGACCAAAUGGAUGUCCCCAAAGUGCUGCUUCCUCCAGAUGACAGAGAAGAGAAGCCAGAGGAAGAGAAAACUCCUCCAGCUCUCAUCUCUCUCUUCCUGCCAGAGUUUCCACAACAUAAAUUUCCAUCGGAGGACUGUUUUCAGGUCCUCAGCGUCAUUGCUAAAGGCUCGCUUGGACCCAUCCUGAAGAUCAAGGUUGUCAAUCAAGAGAAGAUUUGGGCUGUUAAGGUUCUGCCAAAGUCGGAGAUCUUAAAGCAUGGAGCGCUGGAGCAAUCAAAAGAAGAAGUAAUAAUUCAGAGGCAGCUCAAACAUCCAUUUAUCCACAGUCUGCAGGACUGCUGGCAGACGCAGCGCCACCUCUUCAUUAUGUUCGACUACUGCAGCGCUGGAGACUUGUACACGUACUGGUUACUGAAGGGCCAGUUUGAUGAGGACGAGGUUCGACUCCUUGCUGCAGAGCUGGGCAGCGCCCUGGGAUUCCUACACAACGUGGGAAUCAUUCAUAGAGAUGUAAAGAUGGAGAACAUCCUGUUGAGUGAUCAAGGUCACAUCCGUCUGUCUGAUUUUGGUCUCUCGCGGCGCCUGAAUCGAGGAGGGCGAGCAUUUACUGUAUGUGGAACCAUUCAGUACAUGGCUCCUGAAGUUUUAAGUGGGGGUCCGUACAGCCAUGCUGCAGACUGGUGGUCUCUUGGGGUUUUGUUGUUCUCACUGGUUGCAGGAGAGUUUCCAGUGGCUGCAGAGUCAAACCACAUUAGCAUGUUAAAGAAGGUCAGAGAUUGCCCUUAUGUUCCAGCAAAGACCUUCAGCUCUGAUCUGAUCCUACUGCUCGGUGAGCUUUUAUGCAAGACUCCAGCGAGCCGCCUUCAUAAUCUGCAGCGUUUUAGGAUGCAGGCCUUCUUCAGAGGCACAACGUUCGACUCUUACCUCCUCCAGAAAACACCAGUCAAAUUCAUCCUCAAGCUCCGAAGUCAUCCUGAUUGGGUGGAAAAAUCCAGGAGAGGAUCCUCAACGGACUGGUUUGAUAACUUUGACUUUGAUAACAUCUUCAGCUCUUCUUCAAAUCUCACUGAACUGCUACCCAUUUCCCCCAGUGAGGAGGUGGAUUUGACUGCAGAGCAGGACUAGAAAGUAUAAAACUGUACAGUUUCUGGAUUUGAAAACGGUCACAGUGCAUGUGAGGGAGAUCUUCAUCUUUUAACAGGUUUUACCAUUUGCCGUUUCCUCUGUAAAAAUACAUAUUUAACUAUUGGGCUCAUGUUUAUUGCAUUUUGUACCUCAAGGUUGGCUUUUCGUUGAAGUUUAAAUCUUUGA